AUGCGUUCUUUAUCUAUUGUUAUCCUCAAUGUGGCGCUAUGCUCUCUUUCUAGCGUCUCGGCUGCUCCUUCACAUAAUUCCAUUGGGAAUGGACGACAAAGUUUCAGGAGAAUCAAGCGGUUUUGGGGAUUAAGUACAUAUUAUGAAGUAGGAUCAGGUUCAUGUGGAGAAUAUGACAACGACUCCGAACUAGUGGUCGCUUUAAACAGAGAUCAAAUGGCAAAUGGUCCAAAUCCAAAUACAAACCCAAACUGUGACCAUAUGGUCUUCAUCUCUGGUGACAGUGGAAGUACUACAGCAAGAAUUGUGGAUACUUGUCCAUCUUGUCCAUCAGGAACAUUGGAUAUGUCGCCUUCAGUCUAUGAAAGGGUAUGCGGAUCUUUAGAAAGUGGCGUUUGCACUAUUCGCUGGAACUUUAUUUGA